CCUCCUAAACAGUUUUACAAAUCGGCUCGGCAUCGCGAUCACCUUAAACGAUCAAGAGAACAGACAUUACAAAAAAAAUUACCAACAUACAGUCGCAGGUGUUUCAACGUCAACCAUCAACCAUUCAAGAUCAAUGUCAUAACUAAUCACACUCGAAAUUUUCCGAUAACAUUGCUACGUCUGUAUAUUUUCCAUAUUCCAAUUUUCAAACGAUUGAUGAAUUUUAAAUUGAAAUUUCAAACAAAACCAUCGCGAAUUAACUCGUUUUUCCGUCAAUUUUCAGAGCAUGAAAUGCCGCAAUUUGGAAAUUUUUUUUAGUUGAUAUGGCUACGUUGGUGAAUUUUAUAAAAUGCGAUUUCAAAUGCGGUUAACUUUUGUAGUUUUUUUUUUCGUUCAACUCGUUUCGAAUAGUUCGCAAGACAAAGAUACGUGUAAAGAAGAAAUGAAUUUUAAUGGUAAAACAUCCGAACAAAUUCUGUACAUGUUGACGGAUCCUUGCAGAUACGAUAGGUGGAAAAGACCAAGUAUCGACGGAGAGCCAACUCAAGUAUCAGUGAGAAUUUACAUCUAUUUCAUCGGUAACGUCGAAGCGCAACAUUUACAAUACACAACCCACGUUUUGAUGAGAUAUAGAUGGGUGGAUUACAGAUUAGCCCGAAACGUCACGUACAGUAUACAAGGCGAGACUUUGGUCAAAGAAAAACUAUGGACACCUCAUAUGUAUAUAGUGAACGAAUACGAAUCUCGUGUCAUGGGAUCCGGCAAUCAAGACAUUUUAGUAACUGUUAUGCCGGAUGGAACAGUACUAUAUUCCACAAGAUUAAAAGUGACGUUAUUAUGCUUGAUGAACCUGAGAAAAUUUCCUUUCGAUGAACAGGAAUGUCCAUUAGUGCUCGAAAGUUGGACGUAUAAUACGAACGAGUUGCUGUUAUCCUGGGAGAAACUCUCCCCCGUUGUUCAAAAUUCACGUCUUCACAUGACAGAGUAUAACUUGGCUUCAAUUUGGACUAAUUCUACUUUCGUUAUGUACUCGUUGCCAUUAGACACUUGGACGACGUCGGAGGAAAAUUAUCAUUACUUUGGAAAAUUUGCUGGAAAUUAUAGUUCCUUGACGGUUUAUUUCAAGUUGGAACGAGAAGCCGGUCACUAUUUGAUGGAUUAUUAUGUGCCAAGCAUUCUGUUAGUUGUUGUAUCAUGGGUAACAUUUUGGUUAGAUCCCAACGCUGUUCCUGGAAGAACGACAUUAGGUACCAGUACGAUGCUAACUUUCAUAACGUUAUCAAGAAACACUGGCAGCUCACUACCAAAAGUAUCCUAUAUCAAAGCAACAGAAAUAUGGUUCAUCGGCUGCACCAUAUUCAUAUUCGGAUCAUUGGUAGAAUUUGCAUUCGUCAAUACAAUAUGGAGAAGAAGGAAAGACAUCGAAUUGAAAAAAGUCACCAGUAAGCACGUGCUUAGAGCAACUUUAACGCCUCAAUUAAACAGAAAGUCGCUGUCGUCUUCAACGCAAUCUCUCCCCAGCAUACAGACGAUACAUGAAAAUAGUCUAAGACAGAAUAAAUACAGCAAUGCGUUACUCGUGCCAUCGAACGAUACUAUAUUCACCGAACCAGCGGCCAGUUGUAAUAGCAUAAAUAUCAACAGCAGUAAUUCGCAAGGAUUUUUCAAAAUGACGCCUCAACAAAUCGCAGGAUGGAUUGAUAAAAGGAGCAGAGUAUUUUUUCCAAUCGCUUUUUUAAUAUUCAACAUAUUUUACUGGAUUUUCGUAUUGAUUUAAAUUUUCAAUAUUAACUAGGUACCCUAUGUAAAUUGUCAAUAGGCACGUUUUAUUUUAAAGAAAUAAAAUACCAAAGUAUGCAUCUGAA